GGAGAAUGGAGCAAACUCCUCAUCCGACAGUGAGAAGUGAUCGUGGGUCCGACUUUCGAUCUUCAGCAGUUCGUCAGCACCAAUCGAAACAAUGAAGUGGUGCACGGUUGGACGGCUUGGCAGUGUCGCGUUACAAGUUUGCGCAGCUGUCGCAUAUGCGUCACCCAACUACAGCAACUGCGUGGCUCAUACAGACGACGUGGACUUCCUGGGACAUCAUCGAAAUUCGAUAUGUGAAUGGCUUGGAAUUCCGUACGCGCAAGCUCCGGUGCGAGACCUGAGGUUUGCACCACCUGCCAAACCAUUACCAUCAAAUGGCACUUUCAAAGCCGAGAACUAUGGCUACGACUGUCCCCAAACACAGUCCAAGUAUUUUGCGUACCCCAAUGCAACCGACCAGUAUGCUCGAGUCUACGCCAAUUUCGUCAACUUGCUGAACAACACCCAAAGCGAAGACUGUUUGACAUUGAAUGUCUGGUCGAAGCCAGCUGUUAGUGGCCUGAAGCCUGUGCUCGUGUGGAUCUAUGGAGGGCGUUUUUCAGCCGGAACCAGUAACACUCCUUUCUAUCAUGGAGGACUUCUGGCCGAUGCCCAGGAUGUAGUGGUGGUGACAUUCAACUUUCGGAUGAACAUAUUCGGCUUUCCUGGCGCGCCUGAGCUCGAGGUCAAAAACCUCGCUCUCUUGGACCAGCGCCUGGUUGUUUCAUGGGUUCGAGACAACAUUUUGGCAUUUGGUGGUGAUCCUUCUCGAAUAACAAUUGCUGGCCAAUCAUCUGGCUCUUGGGCUGUGAAUAAUUGGGCGUAUGCCUUCCAGGAUGAUCCAAUCGUUUCGGGACUCGUCUCUCAUUCUGGCAACGUCUUCUCCUUUGACAGCAACGGCGCCGAGCUGGCAGCGUCAAAUUGGUAUAAUGUUACGAGGACGCUUGGAUGUGGUGCUUCGCAGUCGACACUCGAGUGUAUGCGCUCACCCAACAUCACAAUCGAUUCUAUUCUCGCCGCUGCUGCCCGUGUGCCCACCACCGGCGCAGGCAGUCGCGCUCUUCCGGCCUUUCAGAUCACCCAGGACAACCACACCGUGUUCCCGAGGUCUGAAUACGUCUCGAGACUUGCUUCGGGCAACCUAGCACCUAUACCAAGCCUGAUACUGCAGACCGACCACGAGUCUGGCUUCUACCGGGUCUCAGCAUUAGCCCGUGGCACUGUGCUCCCGGAGAGCAACUGGACCCUCUUCGAAGAGCAGACUUUCACUUGCCCGCUGGCGGCGGACGCGCAAGGACGGGCGGAGCUGGGUUUCACGAGCUAUCGCGCGCGAUACAUGGCCGAUUGGGACAGCCUGCGGCUUUUCUACCAGUCUGACCCACCAUUCACCAGCGGAGCCUAUCACGGGUCGGACAUCAACAUGGUUGUUGGCAACACAGAGGGAGUCAGCGGCAUUGCACCAUCGGCUGAGGAGGUAAGGCUUACACAGGCUAUGCAAGAGGCCUGGGCUGCUUUUGCCGCUGAUCCCGCGGAUGGCCUGACCUCUAUGAAGGGUUGGCCUAAGUACCAGGCCGACAGCGAGACCCUGAUCUUGCUGGGCUAUAACACCACUUCGGCUGUGAAAUUUGUGGACCCAAGGAUUUACGAUUUCUCAUGUGGUGGCUGA